GAGAACAUGCUCUCCCAGGUGGAGUUCUACCAGCGCACGGACCGAUCCCAGCAGGGGUCUGGGGAGUUCAUGUUCGAGUUCGACCAGGACGAGAUCUUCCACGUGGACCUGGAGAGGAAGGAGACCGUCUGGCGUCUGCCCGACUUCGGCAAGUUCGCCAGAUACGAGGCACAGGGCGCCCUGGGCAACAUUGCCGUGGACAAGCAGAACCUGGAGACCCUGUUCCAGAUGUCCAACCACACGUGGGCUGAGAAUGAGCCCCCUGAGGUGACCGUGUUCCCCGAAGACCCCGUGGAGCUGGGGGAGCCCAACGUCCUGAUCUGCUUCGCGGACAAGUUCUUCCCGCCCGCGCUCAGCGUGACCUGGCUGAAGAACGGGCAGGAGGUGACGGGGGGCGUCUACGAGACCGACUUCUACCCCCGCCAGGACAACUCCUUCCGCAAGUUCUCCUACCUGCCCUUCCUCCCCAGCCAGGGCGACUUCUACGACUGCCGGGUGGAGCACGGGGGUCUGCCUGAGCCCUUCACGAAGCACUGGGAAGCCCAGGUGCCCACCCCCGUCCCCGAGACCACAGAGACCCUGGUGUGUGCCCUGGGCCUGGCCGUGGGCAUCGUCGGCAUCAUCGCGGGCACCAUCCUCAUCAUCAAGGGGAUGAAGAUGAACGCCGCCCGCAACCCGCGGGGCCCCUUGUAAAUGUGUGGAGGAGCUGGGGCCCCUGAAUCCCUCAAGUGCCUUCGUGGGACCCACACGCGCGCCCCCUCUGUGCUGCCCCCAGCGUCCCUGCUCCGUGCCCGUUGGUGCCAGCUGCUGUACUCAGACCACUGGCCCCGUAAUUGUGCUGAGCCAACCCGCUAGAGACUCAUCAGGGAGCCGGCCCCUUGGGCUCCCCGCUUCUCUGCACCCCCUGCUGGGCUUGGGAGGGGGGGCGCCUAUCCCGGGAGAGGGCUGCUGCCCCAUGGGGCUGGGGCUGGGGGUCGCCCCCUCGUCGGGGGCAGCAGGGCCCACGGGGCUGAUCCAAACCCCACUGCCGUCAUGGGGAAGGUUUCUCUUGACUCCAGUGGGCGCUGGAUUGGGCCCCGAGCCCAGCCCCUAUUGGCCAGCGGCUGCUGUCAGUCACCCCAGGUAAAGCCCCUCCAGCCAUUACCCAGAAGGCUUUGGGCCAGAUUCGGCCAUUCCUGGUCAAUGGGUCCCUGUGGGGCGGGAUCGGGCCCAUGGCUGGGGGUGGGUCAGCCCCAUCGCCCCCGUGUGCGGCUCCCCGGGGUCCAGCCCUGCUGAGCCCAGCGCCCAGCGCGGGGUCUGUGUGGGACGGGCCCAGUCCCUGUACAGCCCCCGCCCUGCGCCCCGGGUGUGUCACAGCCCUGCGCCCCCCAUCUCCCUCUGCAGCUUUGCCAACAGCAAUAAAGUGGGUUUUUUAGAGACA